AUGUGUUUGUGCAUCCCAGUGGAGUUGGCCAGCUUGCUGAGCCGCAACGUGAGCUACGAAGGCCCGGCUCUGAGGAGGCAGCUGGCCAAAGCUCAGCAGCUGCAGCAGGAGCUGAGCAGGCGGGAGGUGGAGUGCCAGAGCUCAGCUGCAGACCUGAGGGAACGCUACUACGCUGCCUGCAAACAGUAUGGCAUCACAGGUGAAAAUGUGCCUCGAGAGCUUCAGGCUCUGGUGAAGGACUUACCAGCGGUUCUUGACGAAGUCGGGAAGGAUGCCGCGAGGCUCGAAGAGCAAAUACAACUUUACGCUGCCUUUACAAACUUUGUCUGUGACUGUCUAUCAGUGCAGGAUCCUGGGAGUGGGGCUGAACUACUCUCUCUCCGUCUCCCUCAUCAGGACCCCGGGUCAGGCGGUAUCGACUGGGGCGACAGCGCAGAAGCUCCCAUUGAAAUUGAAAUUGUGGAUGUGGGCACAGACUGCCCUGAGGGAGUGGCGAGGGGUGAAGAUGCUCUAACUGUACUGGAAAACCCUCAGUCACGCAGCCGGUUCAUUGACCAGUUGAUGGAGCUGGAGGUGUUCCUGACUCAGCGUCUGACUGAGAUGAGAGAAGAGGGCGAUGUGGUAGCUAUGAGCCAGUUCCAGCAGGCCCCCUCGGUCAUCCAAGGCCAAACCUGCGAACACAUCCAGGCGAUGCUGUCUGAGGUGCAGGACCUUCUGGGGAGGCUCACCUCUCUCCGGAUGCAGCACCUGUUCAUGAUUCACGCCUCUCCACGGUAUGUUGAGCGCGUGUCGGAGAUGCUGAGACAGAAAAUGAAGCAGGCUGACAUUCUGGUGCUGAAAGGAGCCACAAUGGCAGAGAAGAGGCAGGAAGCCCUGCAGGAGCAGUCCAGGCUGGAGCCUCGUGUUGACCUGCUGGCAGGAUGCACCCGGGAACUCCAGAAGCUGAUCGAGGCAGACAUUUCAAAGCGAUACCACAACAGGCCUGUGAACCUGAUGGGGGUUAAUAUUUAGUGAACUUCAGACAGUCACUGAAAAUAUUUUGUCAUGGUCUACAACAGAAAUUAAAAAAGCAGUAUUUAAUGUAAA